CGAUCCAGCGAUCUACAGAUACAGCGAUCUAUCGAUCCAGCGAUCUAUAGAUCCAUAGAUCUACCGAUCCAGCGAUCUACCGAUUCAGCGAUGUAUAGAUCCAUCGAUCUACAGAUCCAGCGACGUACCGAUCCAGCGAUCCACCGAACCAGCGAUCUAGAGAUCCAUUGAUCUACAGAUUCAUCGAUCUACCCAUCUAUCGAUCUACAGAUCCAGCGAACUACCGAUCCAGCGUUCUACAGAUCCAGCGAUCUACCCAUCCAGGAAUCUACCGAUCCAGUGAUCUACAGAUCCAGCGAUCUAAAGACCCAGAGAUCUACCGAUAAAGCGAUCUACCGAUCCAGGAAUCCAAUUGAUCCAGCAAUUGGCAUAUCCAGCGAUCUACAGAUCCAGCGAUCUAUCGCUCCAGCUAUCUACAGAUCCAUCGAUCUACCGAUCCAGCGAUCUACAGAUCAAGCGAUCUACCGAUCCAGUGAUCUACCGAAUCAGCGAUCUAGAGAUCCAUUGAUCAACAGAUUCAUCGAUCUACCGAUCCAUCGAUCUAUCCAUUCAUCGAUCUGCAGAUGCAUCGAUCUACAGAUCCAUCGAUGUACAGAUCCAGAGAUCUACCGAAAAAGCGAUCUAUCGAUCCAGCAAUCUACAGAUCCAUCGAUAUCCAGAUCCAGCGAGCUACAGAUCCAGCGACCUAUAGAUCCAUCGAUCUACCGAUCCAGCGACCUACCGAACCAGCAAUCUAGAGAUCCACUGAUCUACAGAUUCAUCGGUCUACCGAUCCAGCGAUCUAUCCAUCCAUCGAUCUACAGCUCCAUCGAUUUAGAGAUCCAGCGAUCUACCGAUCCCGCGAUCUACAGAUCCAGCGACCUACCUAUCCAGGAAUCUACCUAUCCAGGAAUCUACCUAUCCAGCGAUCUACAGAUCCUGAGAUCUACCCAUAAGGCGUUCUACCGAUACAGCGAUCUACAUAUCCAGCGAUCUACAAAUAAAGCGAUCUAUAGAUUCAUCGAUCUACCGAUCCAGUGAUCUACCGAUCCAGCAACCUUCAGAUGCAGCGAUUUACAGUUCCAGCGAUCUACCGAUCCAGCUAUCUACAGAUCCAGCGAUCUACCGAAGCAGCGAUCUAGAGAUCCAUUCAUCUACAGAUUCAUCGAUCUACCCAUCCAUUGAUCUAUCCAUUCAUCGAUCUACAGAUGCAGCGAUCUACCGAUCCAGCGAUCUAAAGAUACAGAGAUCUACCGAUAAAGCGAUCUACCGAUCCAGGAAUUCAAUUGAUCCAGCGAUCUACAUAUCCAGCGAUCUACAGAUCCAGCGAUCUAUCAAUCCAGCCAUCUUCCGAUCCAGUGAUCCUCAGAUCCAGCGAUCUACCGAUUCAGCGAUCUAUAGAUCCAUCGAUCUACGGAUCCAUUGAUCUACCGAACCAGCGAUCUACAGAUCCGGCGAUCUUUAGGUUUAUCGAUCUACGGAUCCAUCGAUCUACCGAUCCACCGAUCUACACAUCCAGCAAUCUACAGAUCCAUGGAUAUCCAGAUCCAGCGAGCUACAGAUCCAGCGACCUAUAAAUCCCUCGAGCUACCGAUCCAGCGAUCUACCGAUCCAGCGAUCUACCGAUCCAAGAAUCUACCGAUCCAGCGAUCUACAGAUCUAGCGAUCUACAGAUCCAGAGAUCUACCGAUAAAGCGAUCUACCAUUCCAGCGAUCUACCGAUCCAGGAAUCCACCGAUCCAGCGAUCUAAAGAUCAAGCGAUCUACAGAUCCAGAGAUCUACCGAUCCAGCGAUCUACAGAUCUAGUGAUCUACAGAUCCAGAGAUCUACCGAUAAAGCGAUGUACUGAUCCAGCGAUUUACAGAUCCAGAGAUCUAGCGAGAAAGGGAUCUACCGAUCCAGCUAUCUACAGAUCCAUUGAUACCCAGAUCUAGCGAUCUACAGACCUAGCGGCCUACAGAUCCAGCAAUCUACCGAUCCAGCGAUCCGGCGAUCUAUAGAUCCAUCGAUCUACGGAUCAAUCUAUCUACCGAUCCAGCGAUCUACAGAUCCAGCGAUCUAUCGAUCCAGCGAUCUAUAGAUCCAUCGAUCUACCGAUCCAGCGAUCUACAGAUCCAGCGAGCUACCUAUCAAGCGAUCUAUAGAUCCAUUGAUCUACCGAUCCAGCGAUCGACCAAUCUAGGAAUCUACCGAUCCAGCGAUCUGCAGAUCCAGCGAUCUACAGAUCCAGAGAUCUACCGAUAAAGCGCUCUAUCGAUCCAGCGAUCUAUAAAACCAUCGAUCUACGGAUUCAUCGAUCUACCGAUCCAGCGAUCUACAUAUCCAGCGACCUAUCGAUCCAGCGAUGUAUAGAUCAAUUGAUCUAUUGAUCCAGCGUUCUACAGAUCUAGCGAUCUACCGAUCCAGCGAUCUAUAGAUCCAUCGAUCUACGGAUCCAUAGAACUACCGAUCCAGCGAUCAAUAGAUCCAUCGAUCUACCGAUCCAGCGAUCUACAGAUCCAGCAAUCUACAGAUCCAGCGAUCUAUCGAUCCAGUGAUCUACCGAUCCAGGGACCUACCGAUCCAGCGAUCUACAGAUUCAGCGAUGUACUGAUCCAGUGAUCUAUAGAUCCAUCCAUCUACCGAUCCAGCGAUCUUCAUAUCCAGCGAUCUACAGAUCCAGCGAUGUACCGAUCCAGCGAUCUAUAGAUCCAUCGAUCUGGCGAUCCAGCGAUCCAUCGAUCUAUCCAUCCAUCGAUCUACCGAUCCAGCGAACUACCGAUCCAGCGAUCUAUAGAUCCAGCGAUCUACAGAUC